AUGGGCGUGCUGCUGCCAGCUAGGCUGUUCGUGCGCCGGAUACUCAGGGUCGUCAGGCUCAAUCCGCUGCAGCGCAGCGCCGCCAAGCGUCGUUUUGCAACAAGAAUGGGGGCAAAAGUAGAAGGGGAAAGCUAUAUGCCUGGAUAUUAUGCCACGGGGGAUCUCAACGUGGAAGCAAAUGGUAGGUGGUCUCCAUACUAUGAGGAGAUGACAUCAAAUGGCCAGUUAUGCAAUGGCUUCACAACAAAACCAACAAAUGGUUAUUCGGAAUUUGACAAAGAAAUACUCAAGCAUCAAAUGCUUGAACAUGAAGCUGUGUUUAGACAACAGGUGUAUGAACUGCACCGAGUUUACAAAAUACAGAAGGAUAUGAUGAACCAACAUCAAAGCAAAGAGGUAUAUUCAUACCCAACUUUGGCAGUUGCAUCACAUACAAAUUCACCGUCACAAGUGCCACCAAAUGGUGCAAAGAUGAUGUGGCAGAUGCCAGUUCCUCCAUUGUCCAGAACAUACAGGAAAGCUGUUGGAGAGCAUAAUGAUACAAACCAGUCCUCCAUGAAGUUCCUUAGAGAAGGCAGCGUGCAGUCCUCUCCAAAUGGAUUUCUAUCAAGUGAUGCUGGUCCAAGAAGCAGACAAGGCACUUUUGACCUUCAACUUCCAGCUGAUCAUUAUAUAGAUGACGAUGACACGUCAGAUAACAAGCCCAUAGAUUUCCUUGGUUUGGCAUCAGAAACAAAACCCCGGAAUGAUGCUGAGCUUACAUUAGUUAGUGCUGAAGGCUUGGGCAAGUUCAGUGAUAAUAGUUCAUCCUCAGGUUUGCGGACUACAAAUAAUCUUGGAAUCCGGCAAGUUACCGACCUGAAUGAAUCAAAUACUGGCUUCUACAUGGGUAGAGCAAAUGGAUCAGUUUCCAGAGGCCUUCCGCAUACCCUCGAGACCUCGUGGCACCAACCAAUAUUGAGAUCAAACACAACUAAUUUCAGUUUCAGUAAAGAAUACUCCAAAGAAAAGCACACAGAUGAAGGCACAAGCUCAAAUUUCUUUGACACAAGUGCGAAAAUAACACACGAGGACAAACCAUCAAUCAAUAAAGGUAAACAAGUCAGCAGUAUAACUUUUUUAGCACCCAGAUAUAAUGAUGCUGAUCCUCCAAAAUACUUCAAAGCUGCUGAUGGGAGGCCUGCCAGUUAUAACCAAUUUCUUUACCAAGGUCAGAAUAGUUCAGUUGGAUGGAUUGCUCGAAGUUCUGUGGAACCUUCUGUUAUCAAUAAUUUUGCUAGAGUUGACCGUCCACAUCAUUCGAAUAUGGGUACAUUUACAGACCCCAUCUCUAUUCCUCAAAUAGACAAUCCUUCAAUUGUCUCCCCGAUGGGUUCUUGCACAGCAGAUCCAAGGAGCAGCGUUAUCAAUAAUCCUGCUUUAAUUCCAAAAUUCAAUGGAUCGUCAGCUGUGAAUUCGUACACCAGUCUUAGUGCUGUGACACAGAGCAUUGGAACUUCAAUGCCAAAGCUGAAAAAUGUGGAUAACUUAGAUAAACGCUAUCCUGGUUUUCCACUUGAUUCGUUUUCUGUGUCCCGCUCACUACAUCAGGUUGCAAUUUCAAGUAACCUGGAGCAGAAGAACUCCCAGAAGUUGGAAGAUUCAGAUCAACAGUCCCAUGGCAAGGGUAUGAAGAACUUCAAUUUGAAUGAGACACUGUCAGAUUGUCAGGAAGAUGGUCUUGUAGAACAAGAUGGGAGAUGUGCUGCCAGUUUUCAGCAUGGUAAAGAUGGGGGGUCAGUAUUCGGGAUUUCUGGGCUAAAAAAUAAAGCUAUGUCUGCUGAUCCAACAGCUCUGGAGAAGUCAGGGAAGAUUUUUGGCCAUUCAUUUGGAACUACUAUGGAGCUGAAAAAUAUUAAAGACCAGAAUGAACCAGCCAUCACUAUUCGAAAUUUGUCAGAUUCUGCUUCGACAUCUCUUGGCUGUGGAAUUAAGAAGGAUGGGCCUUCAGAAGACAUUGUCACUGGAACUCUGCUUGUUUGUAUUAAAGCCCAAGCGGGUGCUACAUGUUUACCUCUUUCAUGCCAGAAGCAUGUGCCUAAAGAUGGACAAGCUGCUGAAGGAGUCUUCAAGAAAAGUGGCGCCCCCAUCAGGAAUUUCAUUGAUCUCAAUGAUGAUGUACCAAACGAUGACAAUUCUGAGGAAUCAGUAGUGUCACAUGAAUGCCAGGUGGAACCUUCACGGAACAACCUUCCUAAACGAGCAUUUGUGAUUGAUUUAGAGGUGCCGGCUUGUGAAGAGGAUGCUGCAUGGGAUUUUGAUCAAGAAAGCGCACAGCCUAAACUCGAUGCAUGCCAGGAAGUUGAUGACAGAUCUGAUACAUCCGCUCUAGCUGCAGCUGAGAACAUCAUAGCGUUGGCAAGGAAUAUGCCAACAGCUGCAGAGGCAUCUGAUGAUAUGUUGCAGUGGUUUGCAGAUCUCGCUGUAUUAAACAUCAAUGACCUUGCUGAGCAAGUUGAACUCCAAGCUUGUACCAAUGAUUCCAGUAACGAUGAGUCAGAUUCAUUUGAAUCCUUGACACUGAAGCUGGAAGAGACCAAGAUUGAGGAGUACUGGAGCAGGCCACUGGAACCUGAAAUCACAACCGAUGAACAAACAGUUUCAACUGCUCACCUUCUCACCAAGCCCAGAAGGGGCCAGCAAAGGAGACGACGGCAGAAGCGAGAUUUCCAGAAAGAUAUCUUGCCUGGCCUUUCGUCACUUUCCCGGCCUGAAAUCAUAGAGGAUGUCCAAUUGCUCGAGGGGUUAGUCCAGGCUUCUGGUGGAUCCUGGGAGUCCAGUUUAACUAGGCGAGGACGUUAUGGUGGGCGGACUAGAGGUAGGAAACCUCGAAAAACUGUAGUAACUGUAAUUGUAGAAGAGGAGGAGGUCGAGGUUAGCCCACCACUGCCGAAACCUGCUGGCACUGGGGACCUAGAAGCUGAUGAUAGGGGUAUGAUUGGAUGGGGCAGAACAACAAGGCGGUGUCGCAGAACGAGAUGUCCGUCAGGUAACAACAUGGCUGCUGCUUCUUGA